CCGCGGCGCCGCGGUCAGUGCGUGUCCAGCGGCGCGGCCCAGCAGCGCCGCGGUCGCGGUCCCGGUCGCGGUCGCGGUGCCGGAGCAGCGCGGGCCAUGUCGCGCCUCAGCCCGCAGGAGGAGAAUCUGCAGGGUUCCUGGGUAGAACUCCAUUUCAGUAGUAAUGGAAACGGUAGUGGAAAUACAGUGAUGCCAACAAGCCAAGAGCAAGUACCAGCCUCUAUUUCCAUUCACAACGGUGACAUGGAGAAAAUACUCCUUGAUGCUCAACAUGAAUCUGGACGAAGCAGUUCAAGAGAAAGUUCACGCUGUGACAGCCCUCCUCGUUCCCAAACGCCUCAAGACAGUAACAGAGUUUUGGAAAUAGAGAGUCACAGCAGUGGAGAAAAGAAUAGCUUCCAGUCUGAAGAAGAUUUUCUUGAAAGGAGGAAAGAAGUCGAAAGGCUCCUGAAGAAAAAUGCAGAUUGGAUAUGGGACUGGUCCAGCAGGCCUGAGAACAUCCCACCAAAGGAAUUCCUCUUUAAACAUCCCAGGCGCACAGCCACCCUCAGCAUGAGAAAUACAAGUGUAAUGAAGAAAGGGGGCAUAUUCUCAGCAGAAUUUUUGAAAGUUUUUCUUCCAUCUCUGCUACUUUCUCAUUUGCUUGCCAUUGGACUAGGGAUUUACAUUGGAAGACGCCUUACAACCACAGCUUCAAGCAGUACUUUUUAAAGGCAGGUAAAAUCCACUUUCAAAGCAAAGAAAAUAUUCAUCUAAAUACAAGAGGUCAACAGCAUAAACUUCUGUGCUAGCAAUGGUUACAUGAUCCGUGUGUAUCUGUUCUGUAUACGUUGUGUUCCUAGUUUAGUAAGAAUGGAAGAAGAUAUGCUAAAGCUAAGGUAUGAUACAUACAUAGUCUUCUGGAUCCAUUCAUAAAGCAUGUUUCAGGCAGAUUAACAGCUGUUUUAUUGCUUUGUAGUGAAAUAUCUUUGAAAUUUAUAAGAACUUGAUGUUUAAAAACAAAACCUUAGCUUUAAUAUAGCAAUCGUGAUUCAGCUAGAUCUUCAUCUAAACUGCCAUUUCUUUAAUACUUCAGAGAUGUGAAUAUUCUUCACUGCUAAUGUAAUCAUGACAAAAAGGGAUUAGCCCAAAAGAGUGUGUGGCCUUAUGUAACGUAUACAGUAAUUCAGAGAAAGCUUUUACCUCAUUUGAGGCAACUCUUCAUUUACUUAAGAUUUUGCUUAGCUCUUCUUUCAUUUUGUGUGAGACAUGAAAUGUUAAAAGACACAAUCAGCUUCAAGAAUUUAACAUAUCAGUAAAAUUUCAAUUUUUAUUAGUGCAGAGUCUGAUCCACAAUUGUCCAAGUUAAAAUUUUAACCUUAUAUCCAGUAGUUUCCUUUGCAAAGGCUGUUGUUUAACCCCUGAAUUACAGAAGAUCCUUCUGUUGGUUGUUCUUGCAGACCAGUGCUUCUCAGUCUUUUUAUCUGUAAAAUAAUAAUUUUACAUCUUAAACUUAUCUCAUCCCUGUAUAGAUUUAAAAAAAAGGUUUGUUUGCUUUUUUGUUUGUAUUAAGGGAAGGCAUUUUCAUUCAGUAAUUGUCUUGUUUAAUGAGAAAAAUGGAUGUUUGCCAAAUUAGCAUAAAUUUUAUAUGUUUAAAUAAAAAGGUUACUCACGGAUUCAGAGUUAUCUCUUUCCUUUUCCUUUAAGCAUUUAAAAAUAGGGGCUAAAAACAGCAUUAGACAGGGCUCUGUAUAUCUAUUGUCCUCUUAAACAGGACAGUUUCACACUGUUUAUUUGCACGACUGGCAAAUCAUUAUGAAGUUUUUACAUAAAACAAUUUUAUUGUUAAUUCUUAAAUUUGAAUGUUGCUAAUUAGUCAGAAGUCAUUCAGUAACUAAAACUCACUGAACUUUCAUAUACGUAUUUUACUUUGUACCAGCAUCAUCAUUUAAAAAUAAACGUGCUUUCUACUUUA